AUGGAGGGUGAGGGGGGGAGGGUGGGGAACGGGGAGGGGGGGGUAGAGUGGUGGGGUGUUGGAAGGGGAGGGGGGGGGGGGGGUAUAGAGGGUGUUAGGGGGCGGGAUGGUGGGGAGCGGGAGGGUGGACGGGGUAGGGGGGGAACGGAGGUUUGCGGGGGGAGGGGGGGGGUGGUUAUGAAGUGGGGAGGGGGGAGGGGGGGUGGGGGAGCAGGGGAGGGGUGGGGGUGGACAGGUGAGGGGGGGGGGAGGGGGGGGGAGGGUAUUCUUCUAAGUACAGUGUAA